AUGACGAGGGAUGGUAGGGUUGUGCCACGUCACCCGUCUGGCAAGCGCCUCUGGGAUCGUUGCAAGUUUGAAAGCCAUCACGUCAAGGGGAUUGGGUCACUGUAUUGCUCAGGCUGGGAUACUCUCCACCACCACCGAAUGUUCUCGACCACAGAGAGGGAGGUAAAAGGUAGCCAACGGAUUUGCAUCAUGAGGACGGGGGUGGUGAGGAUAUGCAAGCAUCGGGUAGUCAACUGGGCUGAUAUAGAGACCCAUGCAAUUGAUCUUCUGACCAAAGAGCCCCAGAUGGUCGGUUCUUGGUUUGAGGUGGAUGUCUUCCGAGAGGCAAAGGCAGCCACUGUACAGCUUAUCGCCUGCGAAGAUCCCGAACAUGAGAGAAGCUUGAAGUUUCAGCUAGAAUUCGUCUCAGACAAACGGAUCACUUUCUUGGGUGCAGCAAUUUUUUCACAUAACUGGCGGGGUAUCACACCCGGCCUCUGGUCCGACCUAAGGGGCCUGACGGACCAAACAAUGCAGGAGCAGAGGGGUCAGUCAGUCAGGUAUGGGCGUGAUGGGAAAGCUCGAUUCAAUCCAUCGCACUCAUGGUUCCACGCAAUGGACCCCGACUCGUACAUCUCGACGACGAUAUAA